GAAUGCAGCGGGCAUACCGGGUAUGAUCCUGGCGCUUGGCACCUGCGGCGCACCACGACUCGACGUCGUCGGACCCAGGGGCACCCACCGGUACUUGACAUCGACCGCGUCGUUUGCCAAGCGGCAGUACCCGUCACUUCACUGCGCCGAGGUUGGCGGCGGCGAUGGCCCGACGCCCCAAUCCCACGUCUCGUUCAAAGAGCAUUCAUCCGAUGCGCUCUUUGUCGAUGAUCCGUAUGUGCGCGUCUUGCCGCUCGCCGCAUCGCUGGACCGUCCUCCUCCUCCGGCUGCCGUGGGCACGUGCCGCCUCUGCCGCCACGCACCGCCGCCACCCGCGCACAAGCCGACCACGGUGUCGGCUCCAAUUGCGCGUGACAUGCGCGUCUCGUCUGCCGAAAACAAGUUUCUCGAGUGGCUCACGGCCUUCUACACCGCGAAGGAUCCGUCCAAGGUACCAUACAUCGCCGUGAUCGCCAACAAGUACAAGGGCCGCUACGACGAUCUGCGAUCGAUGCUCGAGGCCAAGUAUGGUGUCUUCGAGCUCCCACCGUCCGAGAGCAGCAGCAGCAGUAGCAGUGACGACGACGACGACGACGCCGACGACGAAACGGAGAACAAGAGUGACGACGUGACCGAUGCAACGACGGCAGCAUCCGUCGACGAGCAACCCGAGACGAUCGAGAUGUGGCUGCGCAGAUUCUACUUGGUGCACAAUCCGGCCAUGAUUCCUCGCAUGGCGUCGGUCCUCCGAACCUACGAGGGCCGGGACGAGCAUCUAAAGACCAUGCUGCAGACGAAAUACGCGACUAAACGCCCCACGCCCGACGCGAGCCCCGACGCCGAGGUCAAGAAGCCGAAAACGACCGAGAGGUCGCCCGAUUACGCCGUGUUUGUGCCGCCCGCACCAACGGACGCCUCGCCGCCUGUCGACAACGUCGUGUUUUACAUUCUCGAGUUCAAGGGCGCGUCGCCGUCGGUCGUGUGGCUCGUCGACUUGCCGUCGGCGUCGUGGCUGCCGUUCCUUUCCCACCACUUUACCGCCUGCGCCGCGCACCGCCCGUCGCUCGUUGUGCACUUUACAAAGUCGUCGAUCGCUGUGCACCCGACAUAUACGCAGUGGGUCGAUGCGCACUCGGGCAGUGUGACGCGCCACCUUCUCUUUGACGGCGGUGUCCUCGCUGCGUACGACGCGGGUCGUCUCGGGUUUGCGUUUACCGCCUCGGCGCAGCACCGUCUGUCGCUGUUUGAGAAAGCCCCGACGCUCUUUCCGCUCUCGCCAGCGUUUCAAGCGGUCGCCAACGCCUCGGAGACGCACUUGCAGCUCCGCGUCAAAGUGCCGUCGACGCCGGCGUCGUACAUCUUCCAGGUCGCGCAACCUGGCAUGACAUACCUCCUCCACGCCGCCAAGGCGCACCAAGCGAUUGGCUUUUCGUACGCGCCGUGCGCGUGGACGCUGCCGACGACCGCGAUGGCCGUGCCGCCACCGCCGGUCGAUGGCCACACGAUCACAUUUCUCGGCACGGGCUCGGCCGCGCCGUCCAAGCUACGCAACAGCAGCGCCAUCUACCUGGAAUACGCGCCGUACGCUGGCAUGCUCAUCGACUGCGGGGAAGGGACCUUCGGGCAGCUGUGGCGGCAGUUUGGCACCGAGACGCGCGCCCGCAUCCGGGACCUGUCGUGCAUUUGGCUCUCGCACAAGCACGCCGACCACCACUGCGGGCUGGUUCGCAUUCUGUACGAGCGCAGCCUCUGCCACGCGCGUCUCCCGCUGCUCGUGAUUGCGCCCGACGACAUUCUGCAAUACGUGACGCAGUGGCGCCAGGCGUGGGCGGCCCCCCACAAUGUACACUUUGUGUCGAUCAAUGCCUUUAACCAACACGGCCACCCGUCCCGAUCUCAGUUCUUGCAAGGCACGGGGUUCCGAGACCUCUAUAGCGUGCCCGUCCAGCAUUGCUACGACGCGUACGGGCUCAUUCUCGUGCUCGCAGACGGCACCAAGCUUGUCUACUCGGGCGACACGCGUCCAUGCGCGCGCCUCGUGUCCCAAGGCAUGCACGCCGACGUGCUCAUCCACGAAGCGACGUUUGAAGACACGAUGCUCGACGACGCGAUCAAGAAGAAGCACUCGACGGUCGGCGAAGCCAUCCAAGUCGGCCACGACAUGCGCGCCCGCACAACGCUGCUCACGCACUUUAGUCAGCGGUACCCGUCGCUGCCGCCGCGGGCGUCCAGUGGCGUCGACGCCGCCGUCGGCUUUGCGUUCGAUGGCAUGCGAGUGUCGUUGUCGCGGCGCGGCCUUGCCGACCUCGCCGCCUUUAUGCACUCGCUAUAAGCCGUCGUCGGAAUCCAAGUGGCGACGAAACCAACAAAAAGUCAUCCAAGAUUGCAAAG